AUAUGAAAAUGAAAUGAAUUAAGGGGAGAUAGAGAGUUUAUUUUUAUUUUGGAUAAGUUAAACCCGAAAGCAGCCUCUGAUCGAAACCGGAAGAAACUCAAUGCGACGCGAGGAGAGACGAAGAGAGCUCCACGAGGCCGUUCUCAACACACUGUAUCCGCCACCUCCUUCACCUCACAACGAAGAGAAGCCAUUGACGGAGUCAGAAAGAGGCAUUAACGUGGAACUAAUAAAUCCAGAUGAUUUCGGGGAGAGUAGUUCCUCAACAAGCGAGGAUAACUAUGAAGAUGAUAGUGAGCCUCAGAAGCUGACUAGAUCCCAGAGGAAGAGGCUCCGCAGGAAGAAGCUCAAAGAAGAUGGCCGUCGCCGAGGAAAACUCAUUGGGCCUUUACUACCACCGGUAGAUCAUCACGCAGCAGGUACCCUGGAAAAUGAACCGGUAGGUGUUCGACAAAAUGCCACAAAGGAAGAUGCUAUUACAAGUGAUAAGCCACGAGAUCAAGAAAAAGAACAAGAAGUCCACAAUUCUCAAAAGAGGCUGAAGAAUAGAAGGAAGGCAAAGAAGUCGGCUAGGGAAAAAUUGAAGUCUUCCUCUACUGAUGACUCUGGCGGGGGCCAACAUGUCAAGUGCUCUGGCUCUGAGAAUUGCGAUCAAGAUCAGAAGUUAAACUCAACUAACCCCAAGAGUAGGAAUCAAGAACACAGUCCCGAUGGUGAAGGAUUUAAUGCUUAGAAUUUCCAAUUCCCUACAUUUUUCAGAAAAAUAAAUUACUUUUUUUUUUCUGACAUUUUAAUGAUUGUAAUAACUUGGUGGUCUUAAAUUUUCAGCUUGUUAAUUAUUACACCAAUUGUAUGACUUAGACACGUGACGCAUCAAGUUUCCAUAGGUUGAGCUUGAAUACAAAAUGAGCAUUUGA